AAUGAUUCAUCAGAAAAAAUGUAUAAACAGACGCAACUUUAAAAUCCUCGGUGGGCAAUAUGAGAAAAACUGAAAACGAAGCCCAUUUUGAAAAUCACCCAAACAUGGAGGUGUUAAAUGUAAUUAACCACUUUUAUUUUGUACUUUGAGCGUGUUUGUAAAAACCGGCGUCUUCUUCCAACCAGAACUUCUUCACCUUACCUUCUUUCUGCUGCUCUGGUUUAAAGGAUUCUGUGAUAUUCUGAGUUCGAAACCACUCAGCGAGUUCACUCGGAGAGUUAGCCUCUCUCUGAAACGGAAAAAACCUAUCAAAACCCAGUAUUUUGAUUCCGAUAUCUUUCAACCCAUUUGGAGUUUUAUGCAGGUUUCAAUCCAAAACCCAGAAGAAACCCUUCUAAUCCCAUGCCAAAAUGCUCAACCUACUACUCGAAGCUCCUCGGCAGCUCAAUCCCACAUGGCGUUCAGAAGCUGGGUCUCUAUCCAAUCCCGCCAUGAAAGGUGCCAAAUUGGGUUCUUACAGAUCGGGUGAUUCCACAUUUUAUUCACUCAUUGAGAAUUACGCCAAUUCAGGCGAUUUUAGGUCCCUGGAGCAGGUUUUGGAUCGAAUGAAGUGCGAAAGGCGAGUUUUUAUUGAGAAGAGUUUUAUUCUGAUGUUUAGAGCUUAUGGAAAAGCGCAUUUACCCAAUAAAGCUGUAGAAUUGUUUUAUAGAAUGGUGGAUGAAUUUCAGUGUAGACGAACUGUUAAGUCAUUUAAUUCGGUUCUUAAUGUUAUUAUACAGGAGGGUCAUUAUUCUCAUGCUUUGGAGUUUUAUUCCUGUGUUGUUGGUAAUACAAACAUAAACAUUUCGCCCAAUGUACUUAGUUAUAAUUUGGUCAUCAAGGCCAUGUGUAAGUUUGGAUUGGUUGAUAGAGCGGUCGAAAUGUUUAGAGAAAUGCCGAGUAGGAAUUGCACUCCUGAUGUGUUCACGUUUUGUACAUUGAUGGAUGGGUUAUGCAAGGAUAAUAGGAUUGAUGAGGCAGUUUUUUUGUUGGAUGAGAUGCAAAUUGAGGGGUGCUUGCCGAGUUCUAUGACGUUUAAUGUGUUAAUUAAUGCAUUGUGCAAGAAGGGUGACUUGGCCCGUGCAGCGAAGCUUGUUGAUAAUAUGUUUCUCAAAGGCAGUGUUCCAAAUGAAGUCACUUAUAACACCCUUAUUCAUGGUUUGUGUCUCAAGGGUAAGUUGGACAAAGCAGUUAGUCUUUUGGAUCGAAUGGUUUCGAAUAAAUGUGUGCCUAAUGAUGUGACAUACGGAACAAUCAUCAAUGGACUUGUUAAGCAAGGACGAGCAGUUGAUGGAGCUCAAGUGUUGAUCUCUAUGGAGGAAAGAGGGUGUCAUGCAAAUGAGUAUAUUUAUUCAGUCCUUGUUAGUGGACUGUUCAAGGAGGGAAAAUUUGAUGAUGCGAUGACAUUGUGGAAGGAGAUGAUGGAGAAGGGAUGUAAACCCAACACCGUUGUCUAUAGUGCUCUCAUAGAUGGCCUUUGUCGAGAAGGAAAACCAGAUGAAGCCAAGGAAGUAUUCUGUGAGAUGGUGAGUAAUGGUUGCUUGCCCAAUUCCUUCACUUAUAGCUCCUUAAUGAGGGGGUUCUUUCAGACGGGUCGGAGUAAAAAAGCCAUUCUUUUGUGGAAUGAAAUGGAAAACAAGAAUUUUAUGCGCAAUGAGGUCUGUUACAGUGUCCUAAUUCAUGGGCUAUGCAAGGAUGGGCAACUCAAAGAGGCCCUGAUGGCGUGGCAGAAGAUGUUGGGAAGUGGACAUAAACCUGAUGUUGUGGCUUAUAGUUUGAUGAUUCAUGGCCUUUGCAAUGAUGGUUUGGUUGAGCAGGGUUUGAAACUUUUCAAUGAAAUGCUUUCUCAGGAGCCUGAAUGUCAACCAGAUGUUAUCACUUAUAACAUACUUUUCGAUGCCAUCUGCAAGCAGAGUAAUAUCUCCCUUGCCAUUCAUAUUUUAAAUAGAAUGAUGGAUAGGGGUUGUGAUCCCGAUUUGGUUACGUGUGACAUCUUCCUGAGAACUUUGAGAGAAAAACUCAACCCUCCUCAAGAUGGAAGGGAGUUCCUAAAUGAGCUUGUGGUCCGGCUGUUAAAGCAGCAGAGGAUAGUAGGUGCUUCCCAGAUUGUAGAAGUAAUGCUGAAAAAAUAUUUGCCACCCAAAGCCUCUGUUUGGACAAAAGUUGUGCAAGAACUUUGCAAACCUAAGAAGGUUAGAGCAGCCAUUGACAAAUGUUGGAGCAACCUAUAUUUCUAGUCUUAAAGUAAGGCUUUUAUUUUUUUUCUUAUCAAAGCUUGGUUAGACUGUGACUGGAACUAUUUCUUUCUUACUUGGGUUGUCACAGCUAGGUAUUAAACUCUUAAGAGUAAAAAACAGGAGGUGAUGUCUUUUCAUUUCAUAUCUCACGUAUUUUCUAACAUACUAAAAUAUAAAUUUUAAUGGCAUGCAGUCUGCUUGGCUUUAUAUAGUUGGCUGUCUACCCUGUAACUUUGAAGAUUGUUGAUAAUACAAAUUUGUCUUUGGAUAUAAUGGUACAUAGUAAGCCGUGGAAUGGAAAAUCAAUAUUAGUUUCUGCUGCAUAGAGUAGUGUUACUUCAGUAUCAGUGAUUGUUUUGUAACGUAUUUUGCAUAUUCGGUCGGCAUAUUUUAGUUUCUUCUGUACAUUGUUUUUGAGAAGGAAACCAUCUAUAUGAAAUAAUGAGGCUAACUUUUGGUUGAAAGAUUAAUAAUAUAUGUGAUCCAGCCUUUCUUAUUUACUUACCAUUGGCAUUGUCUACUUUACAUUUUGUACCAAUUUGUUCUCAUAAGAAACUUCUGAAAAAGUAGAUUUGUUUGAAGGUCUCUUACAGUCGGCACCCUUGCAAAUACUGAUGUUUGGACAUCUGUUUUAUGAAAUGUGCAAAACAGGCUGCCUCAUUUUUAUUCCCCUAAGCAGCAUAUGUCAAAUCUGCAGAUGAGCAAAGGUUGGUGCAGGUCGACCCUGGGCAAUAAGCUUGUUGGAGAAUAUUGAAAUGUCUGUUGGUAAAAAGGUGAAUUUGGAGUCAGGGAUUCCGGCAUGUCUUACUUAUGGGCCGUAUCAUAAGUUGCAUGCAGACCAAAGAAGACGUAGUAAAUAAGCAUGAUUACAGUGCAGAUUCCAAAUCUUUCAAAAGCUUCAGGACCCAAAGAUCCCAUAAGAAAGAUGUUUGUUGCAAUUGACAAGGAUGGCAACCAAGGAACCAGCGGAACUCCCCAAACUUUUGGUGACCUCUGUUGAGGUAAAAACACUGCCAUCGCCAAAGUACCAAAGAACCAAAGAGGAACCGUCACGACAUAGCCAACCCAACCAUUGGGAUUCAGUCCCCAGUAAGCUGAAGUCCCCAUUGAGGAAGCAAUAAUGAUCAGCAAGAAAAUGACUAGCUUCAAGAGGUGCUGUUGUGGGGUGAUUUCUCUCACAUAGUACCUCCUCACUAGAAGUGCGACCGCCAUCAUCAUGAAGAUAAAGAGCGUGCUCACUGAUAACAGGCUCGCCAAGACAUCCAAGCUUGAAAAGAAAGCAAUGCAGCCACUUGAAAUGGCAAUCAAAACUGUAGCGUUUAUGGGGGUUCCUGUCUUUGGAUGAACAAGAGCAAACCAUGGUGGAAUCAUGUGGGCUCGUGCAAUAUGAGUGAUAUACCGUGCCUGCCCAAGUGUCCCAACCAGAAGAACAGUGGUCAUUCCCUUGAGGGCACCAAGAGCUACCAGGUACUUGGCCCAUGCCAUGCCCACACUUUGAAAUGCUGCAGAGUACGCCGCAUUGGGGUCUAUAUCUGUGUAUUUCUGCAUCAUAGGUAGAAAAAGUGCCAUUAAACAGUAUAUGACAGUGAUGAUUGUCAUUGAUCCAAGCAAUCCUAGAGGUAUGUCUCUGGAUGGAUUUUUUGUUUCUUCGGCCAUGGUGGCAAUAUUGUCAAAUCCUACAUAAGCAAAGUAAACAAUUGCAGCUGCUUGAAAAACUCCUUUGGCCCCAAAAGGAAAAAAGGGCUUCAAAUUUGAUGGCUUGGCGUUGAGAAACAAUGCAAUUAUCACAAAUAAAAUUAUAACAAUAUUGACUGCAGAUGCUAUCCAGUUUAAGAAAGAGGUCUUCCUUGUGCUGAUCAUUGCAAUUGUUGCAGCUAUUGCCAAAACAGCAACAGCAAUUGGGUCCAGCAGAUUGAAACCCACCGCCAGAUUUGUGUGGAUGAGUAACGAGUCGUAGGGACGAUUCAAGAGAGAUGUGAAGUAGGAAGUCCAUGCUCUAGCAACUACUGCACUUAUGACAAUGCUUUCAAGAAGUAUGUUUCCUGCUGUUAUGAAUGCAACAAAGUCCCCCAAUUCUAUCCGCAGGUAAGCAAAUGCUCCACCAGCCGCUGGGAUUUCUACUGAAAAUUCUGUAUAGCAAAAGACAAGAGAGCAUUGCUGAGAGACCAGAAACAACAUAUGACAAGACAAUAGCUGGUCCAGCAUGUCUCUGAGUUUCUAGGCCAGUAACCGCAAAGAUGCCUGCACCAAGGACCGAACCAAACCCAAACCACAUGAGAUCCCACCACGUAAGGCAGCGCUUCAUGUCGUUCUCACUUUGCUUCCGAAGUUCCCCAAUCUCAUCGUUAUCAUUUGAUCUGCUGAGGAGACGGUUCUUGAACCUGUGGCCUGUUUGUGACAGGGCCUUUCGGUAUGUGCUCCAGUUCUGAAAGGAUUCUUCCGGUAGGAAAUCUUGUUUGCUGCAUCUCCAGUAACUUCUUGGCUGGACAUCGUCACCCACCACUUCCAUGGAACCCAUUACUCUCUAUUUUCCCUCGUAUUUUUCCUCAACUCUCAAGACAAUGUGAUAUUUUAGAGUGCUGUCCUUCUAUCCUUAACAAUUUUAAGGGAUUCUUCUGUCAUGUCUUGCUUAUGAGCCACAUCGUAAGUUGCAUGCAGACCAAAGAAGACGUAGUAAAUAAGCAUGACUACAGUGCAGAUUCCAAAUCUUUCGAAAGCUUCAGGACCCAAAGAUCCCAUAAGAAAGAUGUUUGUUGCAAUUGACAGGGAUGGCAACCAAGGUACCAGCGGAACCCCCCAAAGUUUUGGUGACCGUUGUUGAGGUAAAAACACUGCCAUCACCAAAGUCCCAAAGAACCAAAGAGGAACUGUCACGACAUAGCCAACCCAACCAUUGGGAUUCAGCCCCCAGUAAGCUGCAGUCCCCAUUGAGGAAGCAAUAAUGAUCAGCAAGAAGAUGACAAGAUUUAAGAGGUGGUGUUUUGGGGUGAUAUCUUUCACAUAGUACCUCCUCACCAGAAGUGCGACUGCCAUCAUCAUGAAGAUAAAGAGCGUGCUCACUGAUAACAGGCCUGUCAAAACUUCCAAGCUCGAAAAGAAAGCGAUGCAGCUACUUGAAAUGGCAAUCAAAACUGUAGCGUUUAUGGGGGUUCCUGUCUUCGGAUGAACAAGAGCAAACCAUGGUGGAAUCAUGUGGGCUCGUGCAAUAUGAGUGAUAUAUCGUGCCUGUCCAAGUGUCCCGACCAGAAGAACAGUGGUCAUUCCCUUGAGGGCACCAACAGCUACCAGGUACUUGGCCCAUGUCAUGCCCACACUUUGAAAUGCUACAGAAUACGCUGCAUUUGGGUCUAUAUCUGUGUAUUUCUGCAUCAUAGGUAGUGAAAGUGCCAUUAAACAAUAUACGACAGUGAUGAUUGUCAUUGAUCCAAGCAAUCCUAGAGGUAUGUCUCUUGAUGGAUUUUUCGUUUCUUCAGCCAUGGUGGCAAUAUUGUCAAAUCCUCCAUAAGCAAAGUAAACAAUUGCAGCUGCCUGAAAGACUCCUUUGGCCCCAAAAGGAAAAAAGGGCUUCAAAUUUGACGGCUUGGCGUGGACAAAAGCUGCAAUUAUCACAAACAAAAUUAUAACAUUAUUGACUGCAGAUGCUAUCCAGUUUAAGUAAGAGGUCUUCCUUGUGCUGAUCAUUGCUAUUGUUUCCGCUAUUGCCAGAACAGUGACAGCUAUCGGGUCCAGCAGAUUGAACCCCUCCGCCAGAUUUGUGUGGAUGCGUAGCGAGUUGGAAGGAUGAUUCAAGAGCGCUGUGAAGUAAGAAGUCCAUGCUCUAGCAAGUCCUGCACUUCCAACAAUGCUUUCAAGAAGUAUGUUUCCUGCUGUAUGAAUGCAACAAAGUCCCCCAAUUCUAUCCGCAGGUAAGCAAAAGCUCCACCAGCCACAGGGAUUUCUAUUGAAAAUUCUGUGUAGCAGAAGACAGAGAGCAUUGCGGAGAGACCGGAAGCAACAUAGGACAAGACAAUAGCUGGUCCAGCAUGUCUCUGAGUUUCUAGGCCAGUAAGCACAAAGAUGCCUGCACCAAUGACCGAACCAAACCCAAACCACAUGAGAUCCCACCAAGUAAGGCAGCGCUUCAUGUCAUUCUCACUUUGUUUCCGAAGUUCCCCAAUCUCAUCGUUAUCAUUUGAUCUGCUGAGGAGACGGUUCUUGAACCUGUGGCCUGUUUGUGACAGGGCCGUUCGGUAUGUACUCCAAUUCUGAAAGGAUUCUUCUGGUAGGAAAUCUUGUUUGCUGCAUCUCCAGUAACUUCUUUGCUGGACGUCUUCACCCCGCACUUCCAUGGAACCCAUUAUUUUUCCUCGUAUUUUUCCUUAACACUCAAGGCACUGUGAUAUUUUAGAGUGCUGUCCUUGUAUCCUUCCUUAACAAUUUUAAGAUUAGUGAGAAAUGCUAGAAUAUAUGGGAUCCAGUCCCGAGAGUUUUAAUCUUGUCUCCUACUUCUUGGAUUGUUUCUUCAAUUAUUGAUAUGCAUAACUCGUGACGUUUA